AUGCAAGAAGGAGGGUACAACAGCGUUCACGUGGCUCCGCUGAACAUUAGGAAGAGUCAGAAGGAUCUCAGCGAGAGCAUUCAGCUCGCCGCAAAGGUGGACUCCGGACUUCACCAUGACAAGGAACUCCCGGACGCGCCAGAGGAGCCAUAUUCACCAAGACCCAAGUUCCAAAAUUUCCUUCGCGCUUCCUAUCCUUUCCAGCCGCAGGACCAGUUUUCCUCGACCUCCGUGACCAUCCCUCUGACUUCUGGCGACAUUGUGUUGGUUCAUUCUAUUCACACAAAUGGCUGGGCCGAUGGCACAUUAUUGGAGACUGGGGCGAGAGGCUGGCUGCCUACGAAUUACUGCGAGCCAUACGACUACGCAACCAUGCGACCGUUGCUCAAAGCACUGACCGAGUUCUGGGACAUUAUACGCAGCGACAACGCAGACGUUCCUGAGCUGCACCGUACCCAUGAUUACAUGCGAGGUAUGGUCGCUGGCGUUCGCUUCCUGCUAGAGAAAUCCGACUGCCUUACAAGAGAUGCUGUCUUGGUCAAAGAAUACGACAGUAUUCGAAGAACGAGGAAAGGCCUUCUGGCCGAUCUUUCCUUGCUUGUAAAGGCUUCAAAAUCUGCACAGCUGACUGGACUCAAUCCUGAAUCGCCCGAGUUCGAUGAAAAAGUUUCGGAUGACCUCCUGCUGAAGGCAUUCCAGGUCGUAACUCGCGCAGUCACCUUCUUCGACAUAUGGAGCGAAGAUGUUGCCUUCACUCGCAGUCCACGAUUCACCUCUCGCUCGCCCCAAGCACUCUCUCCAAUCAUUCCAACCACGGCGCGUGCCAGCAUCGUUCGCCCUGCCAGCAAACGCUCCAGCCUCUACGGUAGCCAAAGACCUUCGAAUUGUCCUAGCAUGAACUACUCCAGGACUCGUCCUGCUUCCAUUUCGAGGCCAUCUACAGUGACACAUCGCAUGUCCUACACCAGUAGGAACCUGCAUAUUCGUCAAGGCAACAUGGCCUCUGAACAACUCAGUGACACCUACGACGCUUUUCUCGGUGUUCUCGCUUCCUUCCUGGGUUCGCACAUGCAAUCUCGCUCAUCAUCCGAGUUACUCUUGACAACACAACAAGCUGUGAAAUCUUGCCGCAAACUUUUGGAGGUCGUUGAAAUCAUUUUGGAACACGACUCCUUGAACUCGGACGAUCUUCAACAAGCCAAAGACGUCAUGUAUGACAGAAUCACUACCUUGGUCCAUGCCGCAAGAGAGGUGUUUCGUCCUUUGCAUACCGAGGACGAUGAUAUGAUUUAUUUGCCUGGUGAAGGUGCACGCCUUGUUAAUGCAGCUACUGCUUGCGUGAGCGGCGCAGGCCGUUGUGUUGCCAAGGCUAGAGUCUUGCUUGAAGAUAUCGGAGAUUUCGAGCUCGAGUUGCGUGUCAAUACGUCAGAUGUCGCUUCCAUAUCCAACGCUGACUCACUUUCACCCACGGAGUCGCUCCUGGCACCAUGCUCGUUAGCACGAGGGACACAACUAAGCCUCGAGGGGAAUUCCUCAUCCAGACUGAGUGUUCUAAAGGAUCUCGGACCGUCUAAUGAAUGUGGCGAAAGCAGCGCGUGCACACAACUGGCCGAAAGCCCCAUUAGUCCAACAUCGGAUUCGUUUGCUCAUGUCUAUCAUGCGGAUGCAGCGCACGCUCAGCAGGAGCAAUCUCUUGCACGAACAAUGCUCCAUAAGAGCGAAAGCACUCUUGUCUCGUCUCCACGCUACUCUGGUCCCAGCUUCAUCUCGGAGACUUCGACUCGUGCAACGUCCCCUGAUGCGCAGGUGAAAAACAGUCCGAAACAGGUCGACGACGAUCAUGACGACGACGACGAUGCUUUACUGGAGCAUCAUUACGCCCACGAGCUUGUAGUCAGUUCCGAAGGCCGUCUCAUUGGUGGCAGCCUCAACGCCAUCAUAGAACGGCUGACGUCGCACGAAGCAACACCUAAUUCAGGCUUCGUCACUAUGGUAUAUCUGACCUUCAGACUAUUUGCAAACCCUCUCGAAUUUGCUCAAGCACUAGUUGCUCGUUUUGAGUAUAUCGAGGCUUGCCCAAAAAUCUCCCAUCCUGUCCGGCUCAGAGUUUCCAAUGUCUUCAAAGGCUGGCUCGAAUCGCAUUGGCGCCAUGAUUGUGACGAACCCACUAUACCAUACAUUACAAGCUUCUUCGAGGAAAAGGUUACGCAGUUGCUGCCAUCAGCAGGCUCCCGGCUGCUGGAUCUGGUUCAUGUUGUUCGCACUACUCAUGCUCCGGCUGUACCCCGAAUAUUAUCUGCCAUGGGCAAAACCAACACGGUCGGUUCAUCUAAAAUCGACCCCGAUCAGCCGGCGCCACCCUCAAUUCUGUCGAAGAGUCAGCUUAACGCUUUGAAGAUGUGGAAGAUGGGUGCCUCAACUCUGAGUAUUCUAGAAUUCGAUCCUAUGGAAUUGGCCCGUCAAAUUACCAUCAAAACAUCGGCGAUUUUCUGUUCAGUACUCCCGGAGGAGCUACUUGGUUGCGAGUUUACUAAGCCAUCUAGUUCGCUCGCUGUCAACCUUCGAGCCAUGGCUCAACUAUCCACAGACCUGAACAACCUUGUAGUUGAGUCGAUAUUGCAGCUAGAGGAUACUAAGAAGAGAGCGAUGCUACUGAAGCAAUGGAUCAAAGUAACUUCCAAAUGUCUUGAGCUACACAAUUACGAAACUUUUAUGACCAUUAAUGCAUCGCUGAACACCACAGCUAUUUUACGCCUCAAAAAGACAUGGGAACUUGUUGGACAGAAGACGAAGUCGAUGCAUGAUUAUCACACAGAAAUCUGCAGUCACGAGAAGAAUUAUGCUUGCCUUCGGAGGCGCUUCGAGAGCGCUGCUCUUCCCUGUCUGCCUUAUGUUGGCAUUUACAGGACAGAUCUUAUCUUUACUGAUCAAGGCAACCCCGCCAUGCGCGAGCUUCAGACUGGCAACGGUACCAUCUCUGUAAUCAACCUCGGUAAACAUGCAAGAACCGCAGAAAUCAUUUCGGAUCUACAACGAUUUCAGAUACCGUACAAGUUGACUUCGGUUGAUGAGCUUCAGACCUGGUUGCAGGAUGAAUGCGUUCGCGUACGAGCAGCUGGAGAUCGCAAUGUCCAUAACCAAUAUCGAAGAUCACUUAUCCUCGAGCCCAAAUUCGACUCAUACACUCAGCAACAACCUACAAAGAUCAAGGCGUUUGCCUCCAUGACCUCUCUGACAGGAAAAGACCGUUUCGACUUUCUCACCUGGACACAUAAUAACAGUAAAGAGAGGGUCAACAAUCUGGAUACGUUGUGA